CCCAUGCAGACUUGUCUAACUCUCGUCCACAAGACGAAAACCCAACCAGAUCAAAACACAAGGCCGCACGCUGCACCCUGCGCUCCAGCUUGUUCACUGCGCGUGACAGAGCCGACGGAGGUGAGUGGGAUAGAGGAUAAGCGUAUAUAUAGCCCGCCUGAGCGGUGGGUGAACUGGACCGAUCGACCUCGCGCGCGGCGAUGAUCAAGGCCGAGCCGGAGCUCCGUGGCCAGCUGCGCGGCGGCGGCGGCAUGCUGCAGCAGCGCUGCGACUCGUGCCGGUCGGCGCCGUGCGCGUUCUACUGCCGGGCCGACUCGGCGGCGCUCUGCGCCGCGUGCGACGCGGACGUGCACUCGGCCAACACGCUGGCCAGCCGCCACCGCCGCGUCCCGAUGGGCGCCGUGGCCCCGGCCUCCCCUGCCGGAGGCGCCUUCGUCGUCCGGCCCGGCGGCGUCAACUCCUCCUGGCCCAUCCGUGAGGGCCGGAGGUCCUACUACGACGACGGCGAGGGAGAGGAGGAGGAGGAGGAAGCGACGUCGUGGCUGCUGCUGGACCCGCUCCGGGGCCCGGAGGGGGAUGCGCCGGCGUUCGGCGACGCGCUCGUCGCUGACUUCCUUGACCUCGGACGAGCAGGCGAGAAGGACGCGUCGAGCAAGGAGUACCGCGGCCACGGGAUGGAGAGCAACGAGGGCAGCCACGAGCUCGUUGUGCCCGGCGAGCCGGUGGCGCAGCUGCAUGAGCGGCAGGGCUUCACGGCGGAGAUGCCGUACGAUGCACAAAAUUCUAACCAUGGGUACGGAUUUGGCGCAACAUUCCAACGCAGCCUAUCAAUGUCAUCAUCACCGGACAACAGUAGCACCGUCCAGGAUGUCACCAGCUCGUACAUGAGGCGCAGCGAGAGCAGCGUCGACCUCUUCUCAGCGGCGGCGCACAUGUCGCCGCAGUUCAUGGGCAUGGCGAUGGACAGGGAGGCCAGGGUGCACCGGUACAGGGAGAAGAGGAAGAUGAGGCGGUUCGAGAAGACCAUCAGGUACGCGUCGCGGAAGGCCUACGCCGAGACCAGGCCACGGAUCAAGGGGCGAUUCGCCAAGCGCGCCGACGCCGACCUCGAGGUGGACCAGUACUUCUCCGCAGCCGCGCUGUCCGACUCCAGCUGCGGCGUUGUGCCGACUUUCUAGGCCGGCUCGGUGGAGAGACCAUGAGCGUUCCUCCUUCCAUAGUCGAUCGACGCCUACAUGUUGGCUCGCUCUCCUUAAUUUGCCGAAUAUUCAGAAAUUUAUUGGAGGCGUCAAAGCUUCACCUGUAAAUAUAUGAAAGAUGCCGGAUAGAUCUUUCUUCUUCUA